AUGGCUCAAAAUGGAGGUGGUGAUGACAACAAAACGGCCAAUGAAGGCGGUGGUAAAAAUGCAGGUGGUGGCUCAAAAGUAGAGGAAGUGAAGCCAGCACCACAGCCAGUGAAAGAGCAAUUACCUGGAAUUCAGUAUUGCAUUAACAGUCCACCUCCAUGGCGUCAAGCAGUGAUAUUGGGAUUUCAGCAUUACCUUCUAACUCUUGGCAUUACAGUUCUGAUUCCAACUAUAAUUGUUCCUCAAAUGGGUGGAGGAGAUGCUGAGAAGACUAGGGUGAUACAGACACUUCUAUUUGUGUCUGGACUAAGCACAUUUUUUCAAUCUUUGUUCGGAACUCGAUUGCCAAUUGUAAUUGUUGGUUCAUACAGUUACAUAAUACCUAUAAUUUCUAUUGUUCAGGCUAGCAGAUAUAAUGCAUAUACAGAUCCUUAUGAGAGGUUUACUAUGACAAUGAGAGGGAUUCAAGGUGCUUUGAUCAUAAGUUCAAGUUUCCAAAUGGCUAUUGGAUUUUUUGGUUUUUGGAGAAAUGCUGUCAGGUUCCUUAGUCCACUUUCUGUAGUUCCAUAUGUAACAUUCGCUGGACUUGGUCUCUAUCAACUUGGUUUUCCAAUGCUUGCGAAAUGUGUUGAAAUUGGACUUCCUGCAUUAAUUGUUAUGGUUUUCAUCUCACAGUAUCUUCAUCGAUAUAUUCCCGCCGUGAAGUCUAUAAAUGACCGAUUUGCAGUGCUAUUUACUGUCACAGUUAUAUGGUUAUUUGCACAGCUUCUAACUUCUUCCACUGCAUAUAACCACAAGUCAGAAAGUACACAGACCAGUUGCCGAACUGAUCGCGCUGGAAUCCUUACCACCGCUCCAUGGGUGUAUUUUCCUUACCCUUUCCAAUGGGGAAGUCCUACUUUCAAUGUUUUGGAAGCUUUUGCUAUGAUGGCUGCUUCUUUAGUUUCUCUUUUUGAGUACACUGGUACAUCCUAUGCUGCUGCAAGAUAUGGAAGUGCCACGCCGGUGCCGCCUUCUAUUAUCAGCCGCGGAGCUGGUUGGGUGGGAGUAGGUGCUUUGUUUAGUGGCAUGUUUGGUUGUGUAACUGGAACUACAGCAUCAGUGGAAAAUGCUGGUUUACUAGCAUUAACAAAAGUAGGAAGCAGAAGAGUAAUUCAAAUAUCAGCCGGCUUUAUGAUUUUCUUCUCUGUAUUUGGAAAGUUUGGAGCAUUUUUUGCUUCUGUUCCUUUACCAAUCAUAGCAGCAUUAUAUUGUAUAUUAUUCGGCUAUGUGUCUUCUGCUGGUCUUGGUUUUAUCCAGUUCUGUAACCUCAACAGUUUCAGAACCAAAUUUGUGCUAGGCUUCUCAUUCUUCUUAGGAAUCUCCCUACCAAAAUAUUUCUCACAAUAUUUUCAUGUAAAGCAUGAACAAGAAAGCCCUAGAUGGUUAUACGAUAUUAUAAGUGUGAUCUUCAUGUCACAUAUAACGGUUGCUGCAUUGGUUGCAUUAAUUUUGGAUCUCACACUUACUCGCGAAGAUGAUGCAGCUAAAAAUGACAGUGGUUUAAAAUGGUGGGAGAAGUUUACUUUGUAUAAUGGAGAUGUUAGGAAUGAUGAAUUCUAUUCUUUGCCUUGCAGACUCAAUGAGCUUUUCCCAGCCCUUUAAUUAUAUCUUCAACUCAACUCAUUUUUCAUUGUCAAAAAAGUUUGUCUUUUGUAAUUUUGGUAACAUGGUUUUAUUGGAUAUGUUUGCAAGUAAUGCAUAACGACAUUUUUCUUUUAAUAUAUGUACCCUGCGCUCAACAUUUUUGCGAGGGUUGGUAAAAUGACAGAAUUUGAGUUCCAUUUUUACAAAUAUUCAUUUAGGAGAUAGUCUAA